CUGUGAGCCCUGAGAGACCAGUGAAUAUUCUCAGACGGGAUGUCUACUCACUGCUACCUCUUCGCUCAGUGAGACGUGAGGUCCUGUCCUGAGCUACGUGCUUCAGUGGGCCUUGCUGCGAGGAUCUUCACCAGCUGUCAGAGAAGCCACACCCGCUCUACAAAGGGAGCAGGCCAGGAUCUUCUGAAAAUCAAGGAGAGGAAUCUGGUUGUGAUUUUCCAGGCUGUCAAUUCCAAAUCUUGGAGCCUCUCAAUUGCUGCUGAUCAUCACUGUGCUGCUUUCCAGCCCUGAAGCUUUGACGGAGCUCCAGGAACCAGGGGUGAAGGUGCUGUGAAGCAGUGUCCUCGGCCCACUCAGCAGAAGAGGGCCAGGUAGUGUCAGGAGUCAAGGUGAGGGAUUUGAGUCCUCAACAACAAGGUUGCUGUCUCCACGGAACAUCAUGAUGCCCUAUGGUCAAAAAGGGAAACCCAACAAGCUAGGGGGAAGCCAUCCAACCCAGAGAAAUACACAGGUUCCCAUGGGUGCACAGGCCCCCAUGGAUAGGGUGGAGGAAGCAGUAGCCACCACUUCCUCUGCACCUUUUUUGUCCUAUGAGGAAAUGGGGGCCAGACCAAAACAAAGGCUGGGGCUUGGAACACCAAGCUGUCCUCAGAAUUCUCGGGGCACUUUGUCUCCCCCAGCUGCCAGGGAAUCUAGUGAAAUGAACCAAUGUAUUAUGAGCUCUAGCAGACAAGAAGUGAAGGACCAAAGGCCCUCACAGGACAUGACCUUGCCUCAGAUGCUGCGCCAUGUGUUUCUAAAUGACAAGUUAGAUAAAUUGGUGCCAUUCUUGCUCGGCAAGUAUCAAAAGAGUGAGCAGGUCACCAUGGAAGAAAUGCUACAUGCUAUACACCAUGAUUACCGUGAGCAGUUCCCCCUGAUUUUCAGGGAUUUCUGUGAGUGCAUGCGUCUGGGCUUUGGCAUCGAUAUGAGGGAAGUGUAUUCCCCUGAGCACAAGUAUGUCCUUGUCCCCUUAUUGGGCCUCACUUACAAUGGAUUACUGGAUGAUGAUUAUCAGAGCUUUCCUCAAAUCAGUAUCCUGAUAGUCAUCUUAACCAUCAUCUUCAUAAAAGGCAACCGUGCCAGUGAGGAGGACAUAGCACAGGUACUAAGAAUGAGGAAGAUGUUAGCCCAGAAAGAUAAUAUUGAACUUGGGGAGCCCUGGAAAUUCAUCACUGUGGAUUUGAUAAGGGAACGUUACCUGGAAUAUCAGCAGAUUCCUAAUAGUUACCCUCCUCGCUUUGAGUUCCUGUGGGGUCCAAGGGCCUAUGCUGAAACCAGCAAGAUGAAACUCCUCGAGCAUUUGGCCAGGCUUCAUAGGCGAGAUCCCAGGUCUUACCCAGUUCUGUACGCUGAGGCCUUGAGAGAGGAACAAGACAUGGCCAGUGGCCCUGAAUGCGCAAAGUGGAUGCGAGGGGCGUGGCGCUUUCCCAAGGCGCAAGAGUAGUUUAGCUAUUGUGAAGUGAGGACGGUUCCUCAGUCUCUGCUUAAGGAGACCUGGCACUUUCCUAAGCAUGAUGGGCUAGAGGAAGAUUUCAGAAAUGCAGCGUAUACCACCUUGAUGCCUGUUUUAUUGGGAUUCCUUGGAAACUUAACACUUGCUUUGCUUAUGAUUUUUGAAAACUUUUUCCUGCUUUAUAAGGUCAAAGUAGCUUGCACAUUUUAUUUGCAGAACAGUGUUGAUGUUACAUGUAAUUCUAGUUUUGUGAUAAGUAUAGCUGAUUAUGAUUUCUAAUGCAAAUAUGAUUUUAUGUGAUGUUGAUCACAAAUAGAUUUUGCUUUUCCAUUCCAGUGUAAGAGUCUUCCUUUUUGUGCAGAAAACUGAGAAACUUCAUCUUCUUUGUGAUAAGAAAGGUUUGGAAUAAGAAAUAACCUUGUAAUGUGUAGAAUGGUUAAAUCAAGUAAGAUGGACUAUGAAAAAAGGAGAAGACUGAAAAUCAUCCCUUAGCUCCUUAUUCCUUUCCCCCAUUGUUCUAUACUAUUAAGAUAUAUGUACACCUGAAUAUGCUUGCUUUUUUCUGUCAUGUAAUUGAAGUUUGUUGUCAAUAAAGAGCCC